AUGUCUUCUGCCACCUCCCCCAUAACUCCAAAGUCCGAGUUUGCAGACAAUGAGUCUGGCUACUCGAGUGGAAGCGGUUCUGAGGAACUGCCAGAGGUUUACUUCACUGCUCCACACCUCAGGCAUAUCAAUGCCAUGCUGGCUAAGCUUGAGCCAUUAGAUGUCAUCCGAUGGAGCAUGAUUACUUUCCCAAGCCUCUUUCAGACCACCGCCUUCGGUCUUACUGGUCUUGUCACUAUUGAUAUGAUCUCUAAGAUCGCUCUCGAGCAAAACAUCGACCAUCCUGUUGACCUCAUCUUCCUUGACACCCUAUUCCACUUCAAGGAAACACACGAACUCGUCGAAGCUUGCCAAAGACACUAUCCAACCGCUAAAUUCCACAUCUACAAACCAGCAGGACUUGAAACCGUUGAUGAGUUCAACAAGCUUCACGGUGACAAGCUAUGGGAAACAAAUGAUAACCUCUAUGACUACCUUGCCAAAGUCGAGCCUGCUCAACGAGCUUACUCUGAGUUGAGGGUCAAGGCUGUCUUUACCGGUCGACGAAAGAGUCAAGGCGGCAAGAGAGGAUCUUUGGAUGUUGUUGAGGUCGACGAGGCUGGUUUGAUUAAAAUCAAUCCUUUGGCGAACUGGACUUUCCCUCAGGUCAAGGCUUAUAUUGAUGCCAAUGGUGUACCAUACAAUGUCUUGUUGGAUCGGGGAUACAAGAGUGUUGGUGACUGGCAUUCCACAAGUCCCGUCAAAGAAGGCGAAGACGAGAGAGCCGGAAGAUGGAAGGGACAGCAGAAGACUGAAUGUGGAAUCCACAACCCUCGGUCGAAGUACGCUCAGUUCUUGCAAGAACAGGAACAAAAGAGGCAGCAACAGGCACUUGAAGAGGCUCUGCAGAACGUUAAGCUAUCUGCUCAAUCAUAG